UGCACCGCGCCCGGACGUGACGUAUCGGUCUCGGACGUGACGUAGAGUGUACGGCGGUGGCCGGUGUGUGUGUGGAUGAUGGCGGCUCCUCUGGAGGUCCUGCUGAGCAGCGAUUCGGGGUCCCAGCUGUGGAACUGCACCGUGUUCGACCCGCACAGCGGCUCCAGUCUGCUCUCGUACCGCGGCGGGAACAGCGGCGCGCGCAGCCUCACGGUGCUCGGCGGGGAGUACCUGCUGUCCGCGCAGCUCGGCAAGAACUUCAUCAACGUGUGGGAGCUGCAGAGAAAGGAUCAGCUGCAGCAGAAGAUCGUGUGUCCCGGUGUGGUCACUUGUCUUUCUGCUUCACCUAAUGGACUCUUUCUUGCUGCUGGAGUCGCUGAGGCCAUUUACCUGUGGGAGGUGUGCACAGGUAAACUGCUGUCUGUCCUCAGUCGUCACUAUCAGGACGUCACCUGUCUGAAGUUCACUGAUGACAGCAGCCAUUUUGUUUCUGGUGGAAAAGACAACCUGGCUCUGGUGUGGAGUCUGUCAAGUGUUGUCCAACUGGAUGUAAGCCACGCCCCUGAGCCUCGCCACAUCAUGUCUCGUCACUCUCUGCCAAUCACAGACCUGCACUGCGGCCUGAUGGGAGCUCAGGCUCGAGUCGCCACCGCCUCCUUAGACCAGACAGUGAAGGUAUGGGAGCUGUCCUCAGGCGAGCUACUCCUCUCGAUCCUCUUUGAUGUGGAGAUCAUGUCUGUGACCUUUGACCCUGCUGAGUACUUCGUGUUCUGUGGAGGAAGUGAUGGAAAUAUUUUCCAAGUGUCUCUGUGCAGCCAGAGUCUCGGUCGGGAAAAGUCGUUCCAGUCGGAUGGCGAGGGGAAUCAGGUGUUUAAAGGUCACAGGAACAUGGUGACGUGUCUCUCAGUGUCGAUGGACGGGACUCUGCUGCUGUCAGGGUCACACGAUGAAACGGUUAGACUGUGGGACAUUCAGAGCAAACAGAGCAUCCGCUGCCUCACACACAAAGGCAUCAUGCUGACGACCUUCACAGAAACCAUCGCCCUCUGUUGGGCACAGUCAACGGGCGAGAGGUGGGAUGCACCUGGAUAG